GGGCGCGAGCGGUGCGGUAUUUGAAUCGGCGACCGGGCCGUGAGAAGUGAGCAGCGAGACCCUGAGACUCCCAACGGCGCCGCGGACUCCGGUGGCUCCCCCAGUCCGCACUUCCCAGCGCGGCCCUCAUGGCGCUGCUCCGACGCCCGACGGUGUCCAGUGAUUUGAAGAAUAUUGACACAGGAGUUAAUCCGAAAACUAAGAGCCAUGUGACUAUCCGGCGGGCAGUUUUAGAAGAAAUUGGGAAUAAAGUUACAACCCGAGCAACCCAAGUGGCUAAGAAACCUCAGAACAUCAAAAUACCAGUUCAGCCCCCCAAAGUGACAAAUGCCAACAAACAGCCAAAACCUACUGCUUCCGUGAAGCCGGUGCAGAUGGAAAAGGAUCCUUUGCCUGCGCCUGAGGAUGUCUCCAUGAAGGAAGAGAACCUCUGCCAAGCUUUCUCUGAUGCUUUGCUCUGCAAGAUUGAGGAUAUAGAUAACGAGGACUGGGAGAACCCUCAGCUCUGCAGUGACUACGUGAAGGACAUCUACCAGUAUCUCAGGCAGCUCGAGGUUUUGCAGUCCAUCAACCCGCACUUCUUAGACGGAAGAGAUAUAAACGGACGUAUGCGUGCCAUCCUGGUGGACUGGUUGGUCCAAGUUCAUUCCAAGUUUAGGCUUCUACAGGAAACUCUGUACAUGUGCAUUGCCAUCAUGGACCGGUUCCUCCAGGCUCAGCCCGUCUGCCGGAAGAAGCUGCAGCUGGUUGGGAUCACAGCUCUGCUCUUGGCUUCCAAAUAUGAGGAGAUGUUUUCCCCCAAUAUCGAAGACUUUGUUUAUAUCACAGACAAUGCUUACACCAGUUCCCAAAUCCGAGAAAUGGAGACUCUGAUUUUGAAAGAGCUGAAAUUCGAGUUAGGCCGGCCUUUGCCACUCCACUUCUUAAGGCGAGCCUCCAAAGCUGGGGAGGUGGACGUGGAGCAGCACACGUUAGCCAAGUACCUGAUGGAGCUGACGCUCAUCGACUAUGACAUGGUGCAUUACCACCCUUCUCAGGUCGCAGCUGCCGCCUCCUGCCUGGCUCAGAAGGUGCUGGGCCAGGGAAGAUGGAAUUUGAAGCAGCAGUAUUACACAGGAUACAUGGAGAGUGAGGUGCUGGAAGUCAUGCAGCACAUGGCCAAGAACGUGGUGAAAGUCAAUGAAAACCUCACCAAAUUCAUCGCUGUCAAGAACAAGUAUGCCAGCAGCAGGCUCCUGAAGAUCAGCACGAUCCCCCAGCUGAACUCCAAAACCAUCAAAGACCUUGCCUCCCCUCUGUUGGGCAGGCUCUAGGCAUCUCUGAUUUUGUACAUACUCUAGUUUACUUCACAUCUUUCUCAGACUCAUUUUUUUAUGUAUUGAGAAAAAAUAAAGCUAUCGAUUUUCUUAAGAUAUCCUGUGUAUAUUUGUAUACUCUAUACUGAAGAAAUGUAAAGGGUUUACCCUAACUGUGCUUUGUAUUGAGGAAGAAUAAAGCUAUUGAUUUCCUUAA